GCACGCAAACAUGAAGCGCAGGAUCAGCAGAUUUCGUAAGUUUGCUCAAGGGUUUGUUGGGGCACGCAAUUCAAUGACGCUGACGACUGACGAGCAGGAUCAGCUGAGUUACCUGAGUAGUAGAUCUGUGAAGGAGAAGUCGUUAGCCUGGUUGAAACGUUUCCGCCGUAUCUUCUAGACUCCAUCAACGCAGCUCGUUCCCUUACGAAUCAAAAUUUUCCUCUUCCUUUCUGCGAUUACAUGGAUUCCAAAGAUUCGGCAGCUCUAACUCCUUUGAGGAACCCUAACAUAAUCCCAAAUCAGUCCGAGAAACCCAAAGACAGAGACUUCUUGAACCAUCUCGAAACUUACUUAGCGAAGCGAGAUGGCGUGGACAAACUCCUUAAGAUCUCCAGGUACGCCACCAAGAUCAUCUUAGCCUCCUCGGCUCUUCCAGAAAAUUUACCCCUAACUCGGCGGCUCAAAAGUUUUGAGUCCAGUGUUGGAGUGAGUCGCAAAGCAUUUCGACUCGGAAAGUUUGUUCAGGACAUUAAUGCUUUAAGAAGCUCCAGCUUUGACUCCAAACAGGAUAUAAUCCUGUCAGUAAUCGCCUAUGGAGGCGAGGGUUUGUAUUUCUUCGUUGAGCAGUUCAUUUGGCUUGUUAAAUCUGGCUUGAUCGAUAGCAAACACUUUCGUAAUUUAACGAAAAUCAGUGCUUGGGCUGAGUUUAUUGGAUAUAUAGGUAGUAUUACGCUGAAAUUUAGGGAUUUGAAGGGUAUAAUGGAGGAUGAGGCUUGUUUGAAAUCUAGUAUUGAGAUCGCAGAUAUGAGGGGGAUUGGUUGCGAGGAAGAACAGGUGAAGUUGAGGAAGUUUAGAGACAAGAAGUUGAUGAAGAAGCUCUCGAUUGUGCAAGAUUUCGCGGAUGGUGUAAUGGCAUUGGCUGAUAUUAGGGAUGGGAAGGGGCGUCUCUCAGGACCGCUUUUGCUGUCAUCCGCGGGGCUUUUGUCAGCAGUUAUCAGUACUCACAAAAAUUGGGUAUCUUGCUGAGCUUGGUGGAUCAUUUCACAAGGUGAAUUUGUUUAUGUUAGAAGCAUUGGAUAUAUGACUGGGUGGGACAUUUUCAUCUAAACAAUCCUGUACCUUUCUUUUUUUAAUGAACGCCAAGUUUCUAUAUGGAAGUGCAAUUGACUGGACUUUGCAUGAUAUGACUGCUUGGCUUUAGGUU